AUGAUAGCUUAUAAGAAGGUAAGUGCAUUUUAAUCUUUUGCCGCUAAAGCAAUAACGUUUCUCGUCUUAAUAACCUCUUCUAUCGCUCUUGAAUUAUUGUGGUGUGAAUCAAUAUUGUACGGUUUGAUCAAUUCAGCACAGACGUAAAGUUGACCCGGUCAAGCAGAUCUUGGCUAGAAUCGACGAGAAGCAAAGCAAGGUAAAAGGAAACCUAUCAUUAAGCAUUUUAUAUAUUGUUUAUGUUCUUUGAUCGUAAUCCCCGCUGUUUUGUGUUCUGUUGUGGUAGCACUUUGAAUUUUUAAUACCCGGUUCUAGUUCAGCACUCAUGAAUAAUUUGUUUAUUCAAAUAAAAAUCAGCCUAGCGUGCUUUAUUAAUCCUCUUACCAAAUUUUGAAAGCAUAUUGAAAGUUUUGCUGCUAAAUUACUCGUACUUAAGUGUGUAGUUUUAUUGAAUGAAAUUGAAGAUAUGAAAUAUAAUAAUUACAUUUGGUAAAAGAUUGUGUAUCCAUGGGGACAUGAUUGGAAAGCUAUUUACAUUAGUUUAAUUAACAUAUCUGGUCAUGCAUUGGCAAAAGAGAUGAUAUGAGCCUUUGUAGGUACUAAAUUCCCGUUAAGAUAAAUUUAUAUUAUUAAUACUAUCAGGACAACUCGCUUAACAAAGGACAAUUUUCCAUAAUAUUGUUGUUUACACUAGCACACUUGAUCUUAUAGACCAUAGCAAUGAGAUUAAAAUGUUUAUUUAAAACUCCUUGUCGAUUAUAAUGUAAAUGUUGUAGUUAAUAUUUUAUCUCAGGUAACUUAUAUUUUUCCUUUGUUUCAACUUCAUUAGCAUACAUUACCAUAGCCAGAAACAAAAGAAAAAUAAAAAUUACCUGAGACAAAAAAUUAAAUACAUCAUAGAAACACAUUAAUUAGUUUCAGUUCUAUAAAUGCUUACACUUUUGUAUUUUAGUUUUUAAUUUUCUCAGAUAUCAAAUUGUGAUGUUUUGCAUUUUAAAUACUUAUUGUAGUUUGUUGUUUUAUGUUGCAGUCAGGUUUGUCAUUGUAUUCAAGAACUGAUCUCCACGAGCCAGCAAAGGAUGGCGUCUUGCCUGUAGUCCAACCAGUUAGCGGUAAGCAAUAGUACCAGUACUUUUAAGGUCAAGAGUGAAUGAUAGUAUUGGUAAUGAGACAUUUUUUUUUGUUUUUAACCUUUCGCCAGGUUUUUUUCAUUAUUAUUAAAGAUUUUUAAAACAGUUGGAAAAAAAUGAAUAAAAUAAAAAAAAAAUAAAACAUAACAUAUAAUGACAGAAAGCCGAGGAAACGGAGCAUUAAUGCUAGUAAUAUCACUACAUCAUUACUACGUUAAGCAAAAUCACAAUGUACAACACAGCUACAUCGCUAUACACUAACACUAAAAUAUGCUAAACGCUAGACACUGGGCAAGUGCCACCUGAAGAAACAAAUAAGAAAAAGCUGCGUUGGUGGAAGUUGUUGUGAAGUGUGGUGAUAGCUAAAGUUCCAUUAACGGUGGGAGAAGUUCCCAUUUUUUAUUGUGGAAGUGGAGUCUGUUAUUUUUAUUCACAAUGAACUGUCGAUUUUGUAUGUAUUUUUGCAUUUUGCUAAUUAAAGGCUAGUCAAGAAAGAUGAUUUACUUAACUUUGAAUGAAAAAUCAGAUAUUUACUCUCGAGAAUAAUAUAAUUAACAAAAAUGCUGUCCUCGUUAUCCGAGCAAAAAUGGCCAAAUAAAAUAUCUUAAAUAUCGAAGUUGGUAAAAACUAGGUCUUGCGACUUAAGAAAGGUAUUAAUGUUAAUGUUAAUGGUGGUAAUGAGACAUGCUCAGAACAAACUGUAAGAAGUCUUGAGCUCAUAGAAAAACCCUAAUCACCAGAUUUAACCUUUUAAGUUCCAAGAUCCACAUACAAAUUCUCCAGACUGAUCUCCAUACAUUUCCUCCAAGAAUUAGUUGAGAGACUUUGGUAAAAGAUCAAAGCAUUUUCUCUUUUUUGACCAUUUUCUUAGUUCUCAUAACCUUUUCUCUUACUUGUGAGGUGAUCAUUGUUGGGAGAAAAAUUACGUUGAUCACUCUUGGGACUGAAAGAGUUAAAAUUCAAACUUCUUUAUUGAUAAACUUGUUGGUUUUACAUACAGGGACAACCACGGGUUCUGCUAAAGGCUCUAAAUUUUUCCCAGACCUUUCCGCAGCCAGGCAGAAGGCUCAGAGGAGGUGAGUUACUAUGUACUUUUUGACUGAGUGGGAGGGCAGGACUGGAAAAUACUUGGCUUGACAGGUCCAAUCUUUGAAUCAGAAAACACUAUUGAAACGUUGUUUGUGGCAAAUUACUUCAUCCCCCAUACUAUGGUGCCCUCAGCUCUCCGCAGAUUUUAGGUUUACAAAAAAAGGUCAAGGGUUUGCUUAUAGUGGGAAGUGCACUUGGCGUAUCCAACUAGUUUUUAGGCUGUCCACUCAUGUAAAUAAUACUGGGUUAAGCCACUUUAAACUUGGGAGGACCAAGAACAAAUCUAGCAAGUGGUCAGAGUGGGACUUCAACCCAGGACUGCCUGAUUGCAAGUCCAAGGCGGUGACCACUCGGCCACCCUGCCUCCUUAUCUCUCUAGGAGAUAAGCAUUAGCUCUUUGUAUACUUCUCUCUCUAUAAAGGCUGGAUUAGAUGCCAUUUGCUUAUAAAGGUGUUCUUUUGGUGAGGCAAUGUUAGGGUGGUAUGUUGUAACUGAACAAAAGGCAGAGUUUUUCUAGGCUAUAGUUGUUUUGUACUACAGCAGCAUGCAAAGAAAGUAGUGUGCUAUCGGGCUAGUAAAUUGUAUUCUUUGCUUGCCUGAUAGGCAAGUGUAGUUUUUUGAGGAAUUCAAAUUACGGAAGAACUAUGAAAUCAAUCUGCUCAUCAAAACAUUUUUGGGGCUAGUUGAAAUGAUGUUUGGGCUAGUAAAUGUUAGCUUCAGCUUGCCUGAAUGGCAAGCUGUAAAAAUGACUUUCUUUGCACCCUGAGUACAGCCUGCUUCCAUUCAGCAAAUUUAACCUUUAAGAUAGUUUUUAUGAUGAGAUUGUGUGGGUAGCAUGAAAGGUGAGUGAGUUAAAACUGAGAAGUUUGUUCUGGGACCUUUCUGAUCUUUUCUAGAGUCUCGCAUGAAAUUUCACAAGGUCCAAAGUCUACUUCCCAAAUCUGGAAGUGUGCUGUGAUUGGUCUACGUUUUUUAACCACUUGUUUCAGCUGACGUUCGUUGGGAAGGAUUGCGUGACAAGCCAAAAGAAUAUCUGUAAGGGAGGCUAUAAUACAACCUACAAAGGGAUUGCUAUAAGAGUUGGCACAAUAAACCUGAGCCUUGCGAAAUCUUUGAGUCUCUGCCUCCGGAGCUGACACUGCAACACAAAGGAAAUAAACCUUGACUACUUUGAAAUUUUGUUGCAGGUUAAAUGCAGGAUUGAAGGAGUCAAUUCAUGAGAGCAAUCGGAAGUCAGCACUCUUUGCAGAAGCAAAGGCUGACAGACGGUUAAACCUUACAUUUCCUCCUGCUGGCAGCUCUCACCAGAUGGCUGGUACUGUCAAUCAUGGUAGACAGAGUUAUGCAUUUGGUGGUUGGUCUGAUAGCCCUGUAAGUAUUUUUGCUUUUUCCAGUAAUUAAUCCUUUAAGCCCCAAUACUGACCAACAUCAAUUCUCUCCUAAUAAUAUCAAUACUUUAACAAGAGAAAAGGUUAUGAGAAGUCAUGAAGUGAUCACCAAAAGGAAAAUGCUUUGACCUUUUAAUAAAUUCUCUCAUCUACAUGUGAUUUUUAAGGAAAUGUAUGGAGAUCAGUCUAGAGAAUCUGAACAAAGUUUUAUAGUGGAAGGCUCCACGUAGAGGUCCAACCACUUACCCUUUUAUAUACCAUUUUUGAAAGAAAUGGUACCUCUUUUCUAGGCCCUCUAUUGAAAAGUGGUGUACAGUCAAAUCCCAUUAAUAUCGACACGCGAAUAGCAUAGAAAAAGCGUGGCGUAGCUCCCCCCCCCCCCCCCCUUAAUAAAUCCUGAAUAUUUAACUGAUGAAGUGAAUCACCUUAAUCAGUAGAAUAUUAAUUUCUUUUACAGUACUUAACAAUGUAGAAAAUGAAAUUUACCCUCAAAACUCUUAAGGAACAAACCGCUGUAAUAUUGCGUGGACUAAUUUGGCCUAAUGUUUGAUUGUAGUCAGCAGGAGUGGAGAAUCUUCGCAACAGUCACGGUACAAGUAUGAAUCCAUUUGGAUACAGUAGACGCACCUUAGCAUUCCAACCCACAUCUCUUAAUUAUGUCGUGGAAUGGCCUGAAACAUGGCCUCUGAAGAUCAUGUAAGUUUUUAAUGUGCAAUAUAAUUUACUCUUACCAUAGUUAGGGGAAAUUCAAACACUAAGUAGUGUGAAGAGCCCAUCAUCAGAAAUUUGCUGACGUCAAUGGCCCACUAGUGUGGUUGGUCAACAUCCAGUUUCAUUCUGGAAUGUAUGAUCAAGCGUGUUUUAGCAGUAAAAACAAUAGUCACCUAGGGCAUAUGGACAUGAUUGACCUGCCAAUUCUAGCAUCGCGGUGAUCAAAACUCCUCUCGUAGGAUGGCUGCAUUGCCAAGCAGGCCUGACAAAUAGAAUGAAGAAGUCAUCAACUACAGAAUGUACUAGUGUACCGCUAAAUUCUACUGAUUGACAUCUAAUUUCUUCUCUCACCUAAUUUCUACAAAUGAGCAAGCUUGGUGGUCAUGAGGGAUCUAUUCGUAAAAUAGCCAACUAGUUUGCCUACUACCAGUUGGGUUUUUUUUAACCAUGUUAUGUUCUAUUUAAAUUAUUUGUUUCAUUAAGAUUUAUCCCUGAAAAUCGCCAUAAUCCCCAACUUUUUUGUGUGUGCUCAUUUGAUGUGCUGCCUAGUAACUCACAUAACAAUGUAAGCAAUUUUAAUGAUGAAGGGUUAUUUAUUUAGCACUAACCAAAACAUUCAUCUGGAGUAGCAUCAGUUAUGAAAGUAGUCAGCAUUUUAGUUAUUUCCUGACUAAUUUCUAAUGAUCAACAUAUCAUUUCUCCUAACAAAAUCAACACUUUGUCAAAACAGGCAGCUGGUGAGAAAAAAAUAGUUCAAUAUGUAUUUACUUGUCGUUGUUAUUCCAGGAGUAUUGGAAGAGGGACUGGAAGAUUACACAAGAAGAAAACAAAGCCUAAGUAUGUGCUGAUGAGUAUUUACUAUGGCUGAAAAAAUAUUUUGUCAUUUUGUCGCUGCAUUUUCAUGUUAGUCAUGUUUUUGGUCUGUUGCCAGUGUGCACAAUUUUGGUCACAAACAAGGCUGGUGGUGUUGAUGCAGACAUGUCCAGGUGCUAUUCCCUUUCUACAUGUGUGGCACGUUUGAUUUUUAAAGCAUAAACCAGUCCAACUUGUAUUUCAGUUUUUGAGAACUGUCUCAUUUUUUUGGGUGUAAUAUUGUUAGGUGUGGUUGUGACACAAGGUGAUAGAAUAAGGGUUGUAACAAGACCUUUAGUUACACCUGCACUCACACACAUCCGUAAAUUUAACUCUCCAUUUCUCAUUGCAUGUGUUUUACUUACUGCAGGCCGCAACAUAUCCGUAAAGUGCAUUUUGAGAACUCUCCGGCACCUCGUUCAUCACCAGAGGAAGAGAAAAAUUACUACAGUAAAAUAUCUGCAGCUGCAGGCAUGGCAACACCUUCUCAAAACCAGUCCGUUCAGGUUUUACCGGAUAGGCAAACUCCUGUGACAAGCUUAUCAACUGAUAUGACUAUACCACAGUCACCUGAUAUCAAAAAUAUCAAACAAGAAAAACAGGAUGAACAUGUUCCUCAAAGCAAUGAAGGGGUUGUUGAUACUGUCACAGCUGGUAAUUUGCUUGAGGUUGGAGACAUAAACAGCACUGAGUACACAAGAGUGUUUUCAGACACAAGUUCAUUGUCUGAAAGUGUUUAUGUUAGAGAGGAUAACAGCAAGGUGGGUAAUCUUUUCCCUGCACCUUGCUUAUUAUCAGAGGUAAAAUUAACACAAAACGUUGUGUUAUAUAUCAUAAUAAAUCCGGACACAGAGAAGUGGCUGGCAGGUCAAAGCAUUAGCUAUUGUAACCUCAAAAGCUAGACGUACUAUUUUGUACAGCAUACAAAUAGUACCACUGGAAAGCACUGCUUUGUAGCUUUCAUUUGAAUGGUCACACUUUAGGAUUUCAUCCACAGACUCAAAAGUUAGAACCACCUUGUACAGCAUAAUAAACACUACCACAGGAAAGUACUGCUCAGUAGCUUUCAUUUGAAUGGUCACACUUUAGGAUUUCAUCCACAGACUCAAAAGUUAAAACCACCUUGUACCGCAUAAUAAACAGUACCACAGGAAAGAACUGCGUAGUAGCUCUCAUUUAAAUGGUCACACUUUCGGAUUUCAUCCACAGACUCAAAAGUUAGAACCACCUAUCUAACAGCGUAAUACUGAACAGUACUUUAGGAAAGCACUGCUAAUAAAGGUCUUUGUGAUCUGUUAUUAAGUUUAUUAUUCAGAGAAUAAAAAAUUGUGACAUUGCAUAUGGUGACUGUAAAAAUAGCAUUAGAAAUUAAUGUAGAUAGCCUUAAAAAAGACGUUAUUUUAUUUCUGUUUUCUCUCUGAUUUAAUGAACAGAAAACUGAAAUACCAGAUGAAACAGAGACCCAACAGGCUGAUAACACAAGGAAAAGUUCCAGUGUUCCCCCGUGUACGCCUACCCCUGAAGGUGUGGAAAAUGCACCCAACUGCGGGGAGAGUGAGGGUCAGGAUUUACAACAACCUGAAGAAGAUGGUGGUGAUGACGACUCCAAAAGUGUGUUGAUGGAGAUCGUGUCACAGAUAGCUGCAGAGCCUGGGGCAGAUUAUAUGCAGGACAUCUGACAGCUUCAGCUACGUGACCUGAGGGAUCUAUGUUUGGAGUGCAUCCGCUGGCCUGAAACAAAGCAGGAACCUUGUUCAUGUAUGAGAAGUGCAUCCUUCACUGAUAAGUUUUGACUUGCUUGUUUGACGAAGUUAAUUUUUCAAAAGUACUCUUGUUUUGGUAAUAUCCCAUUACUCUGACUACUGACAGGUAAUCUAAAUGUGGCAUUGUUAGACUCUUGUAUCCCGUACCUCACUCUGCGUACGUGUCCGGUGUCCAACACUAAAUUAUUUUUUUAAUCCAAGUUCUGUCUCACUUUGAAACCAUAAGUUUAGCCAGGAAAUUCAGUGUGGGUAUCUGCCUCAAAUCUUGAGCCAGUAAAAUGAGUAAUUCUUCAACCAAGUGUUUUUCUAAAAAAAAAUCUGGGCACUCACAGGACACCCAGCUGACUGAAACCGUAAGGGGAGCGUAAAAUAGCAAAGAGUUGUAAUGCAGGCUAUGGGAAUGUUAGAUAAGACAAUGUCACAUGUUUAGAUUUGUUAUAUUACUUCUGGACGCACCUUUGGGGUCAGAUAAAAUAAAAUAGCUAAAAAGAUAAAGGUUGUCAAUUCGGUUUUUAAGUUUUUAUUUUCCAUAGAAAAUAUUUUAUAAAUAUCAUAUUUAUGAACAAAGAUGAAAAUUUUAAGCUGCUCCUUACCAACAUUCUCAUGUGGAAAAGAGUGUUUAUAAAAAAAAAUGGAAUAUAGCUAACCUGAGAUCAGGCUCUAUUUUCGUUUCGCUUUGUAAAUAACAUCCCGGCGGGCAUUGCAAAAUGAAAGCGGUAGCCGUUUAGAGAGAAUGUACGAGAACUGCUCAAAUUGGGCCUGAUCUCAGGUUAGAAUAUAGCAGUAUGUGUAUCAUAGAGAAAACAUAUAUAUUUGCUUUUCUCACAAAUUUGUCAUAAGAAUGAAGUGCUUUUUAUUGCAGUUACACAGUGGAGUAUUUUGUAGCAGCUUAUCUGUCUGGAGUUUAAGACAAAAACUCAGAAAAGUAAGACUGAUAUCUUCAUGCUUGAAAUAUCAGGAAAGAAAUGUUUGAGUUGUUGGUGUAUACCCCGAUUUACUUAUAGCUACAAAAACACACGGUGUAACAUAAUUUGUUUUUCAUUGAUUUAGAACUAUUUUAUUUUUUAUUCUGUGAUAAAUUGUGAUCUUUAGUUUGGGUGCAAUUGAAAGACUGAGUAUGAGUUAACAAACUAAGUUUGUGUCCAUUAGGUAAGUGUAUGUUCAGAAAAGGACAAAAAUUAUAAUUGUCCGUACAUGUUUACAUCCUUCAAAGAACAAUACUUUAAGAAACGUCUAUGUCACAAUCAUGCAGUAAUGGCAAAGAAAUUUACAAGAAAGAGUGAUGCACAUAAGAGUUUUUGUGCGGCUUAUUAGGCAAAUACAAAAUAAGACCGACCUAAUGGAGGUUUUGUAAGCCCACAAGACUGGGCAACCUCCCCAAACCCUUGUUUUCACUAAAACCGCUGGACACAAAACCUCCCCUGGGUUGAUGUUACAUUGUCAUAACCGGCUAAUUAUACCUGUUGUUUUUUAAUUUUUUUUUUUGUUGCUGUUGCCUUAGUGACAUUUCAAACUUUCUAUUGGUAGCAAUAGAAUGACACUUGUACUCAUGCUUCAAUCUAAAGAUCACUAAGGACAAAUAAUUUCAAAGAUGUUGUGGAGUCUUCAUUCAUGCUUUGUGAUUCAGGUUGCGUAGCAAAAAGCGAUUAAUUAACAACAUGUGGAGGGGAUAAAUUUUGGAAUAAUAAUCUUUAUGUUUUGAGUGGCAAAAGUUAUACCUUCCAGUAGAACUGGAAAGAAUCUUUUGGACAAAAUAAUGUUCUAAUAAUAUUUCUGUUCAGUUAGUAUUAAUUAGCAACACGACAGAUGAUAAAUUUUUGGUGUAAAUUUUAAUGCAGUUUUAUUUAGAUUUACAUUGUGUUCUGUUCUUUAGCUUUUUGGUUGGCUUUGCCAUGGAAAUUUAAAAGAUAAUGAUCCAAGCAUCUUCUUUUGCUUUUGGAUAGAUUGCUUUUGAAGGAAUCCUCAUUUUCUCAAGCUCUAUUUAUCCCCUCAACUGUUUUUGCCAUUUACAGGUGUUGUCAUGCAUUUUAGAGUUGCAUGACCACCAUAAUAUGACCAUGUUACUAUUAUUUCAUGGUUGUGUACUGCUUAAAAUCUCUUAAAAUGUACCUUAAUGGACAUUGUGGGAGACUUCAUGGUAUUUAAUACCUAGCUCUGGGUUUGAAUUUUGUUUGAGCUCAAUAACAUUUCAAAUAUUCAGAUUAAUUUUAUUAAGAGAGGAAGACUUUAUCAUAUUUGUAAAAAGCAUUCAAGUUAAAGUUUAUUAUUCCAGAUUAGGUCACAGAAUUGCGAUUAUGCCUUUAUUAAAUUGCUGUAAAGUUGUUGAAAUAAAGUUCAGAAG